UGAUUCAUUUUCUUUUAUAACUUCAAGAUCCUAAUAGGAGAAAAUUCAUUUGGAAAAUGGUGAAGGAAGCAAGCAAUGAGCCUUUAUCAUACGAAGAUUUUGAACCCUAUUGCAAGUGGAAACACGAAACUUCCUUUCUCAAAGAAACUUACGUUCUUGAAAUCCAGCUCCAGGGAUUCAAGCAAGAAGAAGUGAAGAUCGAAAUUGGAAGGGAUGGAUUCUUGUAUAUUACUGGAGAACAUCCAAUGGGACAGAGUCUAAAAAAGCGAUUCAAGAAAAAAAUUGAUGGUUCGAAGUAUGACAUAGAAAAAAUUGACGCAAAAUUUGAAGGUAGCAAUGUUCAUCUAACGCUACCUAUAAAACGUUCUGCCAUCAGCUUCCGCAACAUUGGAGGGGGUAAUGGGAUUGUUGGAAUGUUUCAUUUAGGCAGCAAUGCUUUCUUGAACACAAUCGCUGUUGUUCUGCUGUUGGUUCUUUCAUUUUAUAUGUACAAGUAUUCUGAGUGCACCAAUUUCCGAAAUUGGUUUAAAUGA